ACUUCCGCCCCCCUCAUCCCAUCGACCAAGGAUCCUCUGCCGUGAGGUCGCAUUCAAAAAACAAACACCCUCAUUCCAACACAUCAUGUCCGAUCCUAACACCCGUGGAAAGGCCUGGCCUAUGGCUGAUGCUGAGUUGAACAACCAGAUCUUGGAUCUCGUUCAACAAGCCUCUACCUACAAGCAGCUCAAAAAAGGAGCCAAUGAGGCCACGAAGACCCUUAACCGUGGUAUCGCGGAGUUCAUCAUCUUGACUGCCGACACGGAGCCUCUGGAAAUUUUGCUCCACCUUCCCCUCCUCUGCGAAGAGAAGAACGUGCCCUACAUCUUCAUCGAGUCCAAGGCUGCGUUGGGUAGGGCGUGUGGCGUCACCAGGCCGGUCAUCGCUGCGAGCGUUACGUCGAACGAGCAGAGGGAGUUGCAGAGUCAGAUCUUGACUAUCAAGAAGGCCAUCGACAAGCUCAUGGUCUGAUUGGUACUACUCGGUCAUGUACUAACACCUGUAUCGGCCUGACGAACUCUGACUACAUUUGCCGUCCAUUUCUACACUGAAUAUUCUCGGAACCGGGUGACUCUAAAUGACUACUUUC